AUGAUACAACUUACCUUUACUUGGAUCAAUGGACUGAAGCAUAUCAUUAAUUGUGUUGGCACAGAAACUCUUGAAGACUUACUUGAGUUUCAUGGCUUCACAUCUCCAGACACAAUCAUUAGAUUGUUCUAUAACGGGAAAGAAUUGCCAUUAAAGCUUUCAACGGGUGUAUUUAAUCCUUCCAAACAGUACAAAAUUGUCGUAUAUCAGAAAGAAAUCCCAUCUGCAACUCCUAGAGCUAGAAUACACCCAAGAUCGCCUGUAGCUCCCGAACAAAAAUAUAAGCAGCUGAUGAUGAAGGAGGGUGCUAGGAUAACCGAUAAUUUUUAUAACCAUGUCAUGAAUCAACAAAAGUCUCACAUCCAAUUCCAAAAAUCUUACCAAGCUUAUAUUGAAAAACAAAAUACUGAGGAUAUCGCAAUCCCGACCUUCACAAACUAUGAACCCAAGCUAUCUGAGGCACCUCUUCCUGUGUUUUUUGAGCCAACUCCGAUAUCAGCAACCCCAACGUCAUCUGAUAAGGAUGACCUCUUGGAUCAUAUCGACAUUCCGAAAAAGCCAAAUGGCGACGCUUCACAAGUGUAG